UGUUUUGUGUUAGUCUCAGUUUAAUAACUUCUUUUAAGUAAAUCUCUUACGUGGAUCUUCUCGUCACAUUCCCUGAGCUUGUUUGUGACAAACGUGAACUCGUCCAGGAUGGAGACUUGUUUGGAAAAGCAGUCGAUCUCGGCUCAUCGAGCAGCCUGAGAGCAUUAACCGAGGAGGAGGAAGAUGAAGAUGAAGAUGGCAUCCACCGAGCAACCUGAUCCUCCAACACAGCUUGGCCUUCCACCUGGAGGUGAUGCAGCAGCCGCAGCUCCCCCCAGAGAAGCACUGAUUACCACCGCAGUCAAAUUUCUACAGAACCCAAAAGUACGUGAGAGUCCCUUGGCCACCAGAAAAGCCUUCCUGAAGAAAAAAGGGCUGACGGAUGUGGAGGUAGAGUUGGCCAUCCAGCGCUCUGGCAGCACAGAAGAAGUCCUGCCUCUGAGCCCCGUGGGGGCUCCAUAUCCACUCCAUGCAACGCAGCUGGCUCUUGCACCACAUAGUCCGGCGGGCUACAGAUGGAGAGACUACGGCGCCCUCACCAUCGUCAUGGUGGGCAUCGCCUUCGGCUUCCAUCAGCUUUACAAAAAAUACAUCCUUCCCCUCAUUAUGGGCAGCCGAGAGGACAAGAAGCAUCUGCAGAGGAUGGAGAGCAACAUUGCGGCAAUGAGUGGCACGCUGACACAGACAGUCAGCCAGCUGCAGCAGACCCUGGUCUCCGUCCAGGAGCUCCUGAUCCAGCAGCAGCAGAGAAUCCAGGAGCUCUCUCAGGAACUGUCUGCAGCAAAGACAUCGUCUUCAACCAGCCGCAUCCUGGACAACCAAACAGUUGGAGAGCUGAAGGCUGAGAUCGUCUCUUUGAAGGGCUUACUGCUCAGCAGGAAACAGUUCCCUUCCACUCCCACUAUUCCCAAAAUCCCGUCAUGGCAGAUUCCCCUGAAGCCGCCGUCGGCACCGGGCUCGCCGCCGGUCAACCACACCAACAGCAGCAGCGACAUCUCCCCCGUCAGCAACGAGUCCGCCGAGUCUGCCGAGUCCGCCGACUCCUCCCCCAGCAAAGAUGGACUCCACAGCCCCCUGGAUGCACUGGGAGGGCCCGACGGAGCGCAGCACGGUAUCAACGGAGACGACGGCACGACGCUGCACCUGGACCUGAAGGACCAGGUCCGCAUGGAGGUGCAGGGGGAGGAGGAGAAGAAGGAGGAAGAGGGGGAGGAGGAGGCGGAGGAGGAGGAUGAUGUCAGCCACGUAGAAGAGGAGGAGGAGAGGGAAGAGGACGGUGCAAGCAUGCAGACAGUGGAUCGGCGAGGUGGGGAUGGACAGAUUAAUGAGCAGGUGGACAAACUGAGGCAGCCCGAGGGUGCCAGCAAUGAGAGCGAGGUGGAUUAGAUAGCAGUAGAAAGCACAAAAAACACUCUUCUCUUCUCCGCCGACGGCUUUGUUUCACUCUGCUCCUCUCCGCUCAUGCUUGUUUGUGUUUUUUCUUUUAUUUGUUUUAUCCUUCCUCGCUGUCUGUUUCCACUUGUUUUCCACAUCUUAAUCUUGAGCGAAACGAGGCAUGAGAAGACAAAACCGACAAAUAUUGGAGUGUCUAGUUGACACACGGCUUACCUCGAUUUACUUUUCAUCAUGCAAAACUAAAUGACUGCAUGCCGAGCCAAGUACCACGCUGUGACGUUUCUUUGAAAGGAGAAAUGACGAGCAACAGUCAAAUCAGGAGGACUUUUAAAAAGGCUGCGUGCAAUACUAACCGUGUGUGUGACUGACUCGCUUUUUAAUUUUCAUGAUCCGAUCAGAUAAUUCACAGCUUUGCCUUGUGCGUCCUUGUAAUUGUACUUUUUAUACAGAACCAAAGAGGCACAGAAUAUCUCUCUUCCUGUAUAGUGCAGCUGCAGGUCAGGAGUCAUAUGUUGGCACUUCAGUCCCUCAAAGUUACCGUGAGCUCCCAGAGAAGCAUUAGCAGAGAGUUUGUCUCCCCCGUUGAUGGCGAUAGGAGAGGACAAGCUCUUCCAGGGCCGGAGCUUUUAGCCUCUUUUAUGUGUCCUUUCGCAUUGGUGUCAGUCUGUCAAUAAUUCACAAGGCCAGCAGGGUGGCAUUUGGGUGAAAUAAAAGCCCUGAAAUUCGAGAUUAGAAUGUGAUGACGGGCUUUGUUCCACGCCGGUGUCAGAGUGCUCAAAGGAGAGGGGGUGGAAGAUAAAUGUUUUUUCCUCCCCGCUUUCCUUUUUCACUGAGGCGCUGAAUUGUGCAUCUUUUGUUUUUUUUCGCGAGUGCGCGCGUGUGCAGGGCGAGAGAGAACCCAGACUGUCUGCUGUGCUGUAUCUGCGUCUCCAGCAGGGCAGCUGAUUUGGUUUGUGAAGUAUGUUAAUAAUCAAAUGAUCAACAAAUAACAGAUGUAUUAGUUCAUGCAGCUUGAAAUGUCAAGGAGGCUAAAAGCGGAAAUCUAAUACAGAAAGCCCAGUUGCAUUGUAUUAUUUUCCGUGACAAACCCCGCGGUCCAAAUUAUGUAGGGGGCCUCCUACGGUGAGUAAUCUUUACAGAAAACGGCGCCAAUAUUUUGUAAUUAAGCUGCAGAAAGACAACGAGAGAGCUGCCACAGAUGGAAGUUGCAGAAGUUGCGUCGCUUUUUCUCAGUGUGGAGGUGGAUAGGGGAAGUUCGAGGAGAAAAAAAAAAAAAAAAAUUGCCCGAUGAUUGAAAAGGAAAGUAAUAAAUGAACACUUGACUUAUUGAAUUACUCACUCUGUACUCACUUGUCUCCAGCUAACAAGAAGAGUCCGUGAGUGAGAAGAAGGGAUAUCAGCUCUGGUGCCAUUUCCACCUGCAUCACAUGGCCUUCAUAGGAACACAGAAAAAGGUAGAAGGGCUCUGCACAUUUUCCUGUGUGACACCCGUCCUAAACCUGCAGAUUAUGUCUGGUUAUGAUGAUUGAGUUUCUGUUUAAAAGUGUCGACAACAAUGCAGUAUGCUGUGAACUAUAUUUUUUGAUUUUUAGUAGAGAUGAGAUUUGUAUGGAUGAAUAAGGUUGGAGGUUUAACUUCUGCUUCUUAGCCACUGUAGAACCAGUGAUUGGUCCUCUCUCUCUGUAACCUGCUGAUUACUGUCUGAAUGUCAGCCAAAAGUGUACAUAAUAAAUCUGGUUUAUCUCAA